AUGUCGCGGAAACACUUUUUUCCCAAUCCAGAGGGCGUCGUGCUGCACACGCUGCGCUCGCUCUGCGCACGAAACAAGCACAUGGCGCUCGACGAGGCCAACCGCGUAGUCUACAACUUAUCCCACAGACCCAAUGAAGUCAGCAUCGUGUCUGGAGGCGGUUCGGGCCACGAGCCGGCGUGGUCGGGUUUCGUGGGCGAUGGCAUGUUGUCGGCUGCUGUGUGUGGAGAUAUUUUUGCGUCGCCGAGUACGAAGCAAGUCAUGGCUGGUAUGCGAAACGUACCCAGUACAGAGGGCAUAAUACUCUGUAUCACAAAUUACACGGGCGACAUGCUGCAUUUUGGGCUGGCGAGGGAAAAGGGCCAGGCGCUAGGGUACAAAGUCGAUGUCGUUUGUAUGGCGGAAGACGCAGCGCUGGGUCGUGCUCAGAGUGGGAAAGUAGGACGAAGAGGACUGGCGGGCAACUUGCUCGUCAUCAAGCUGAUCGGCGGUGCAUCACUACAGGGCUGGGCAUUUGAGCGGUGUAGGAAGAUGGGUGAGCUGGGUAAUGAGCAGCUGGUUACGAUUGGAACGAGCUUGGAUCAUUGCCAUGUCCCUGGAAGAGAGGCGUUUGAGAGUGUGCAGGACAAUGCCUGUGUUGUGGGUAUGGGCAUUCACAAUGAACCGGGCCUGCGAACGAUACAUCCGAUGCCUGGUCCAGAAGACGUUAUCAAGGAGAUGCUCAAGUAUCUCCUGGACCCCUCAGACUCCGAUCGCGCCUUCGUCAAGUUCAACCCCGGCGACAACGUGGUAAUGCUCGUCAACAACUUCGGCGGCCUGUCAAACCUGGAAUUUGAUGCCAUGGUGAAUUUAGCCCUCGUAGCAUUAAAACGAGACUGGAGCAUCGAGCCAACACGCAUUUACGCAGGUGUGCUCGAGACAUCGCUCAACGCCCAAGGCUUCAGCAUAACACUGGGCAACAUGAGCGGCAUGGCCAAAUCCAUGGGCGUCAAAGACGAAGAAAUCAUUGCUCUGCUUGAUGCCCCGACCAACGCUCCCGCAUGGCCGAAGAAUGGCUUCAAGCCAGUCAACAUCAAUAAGGAGACGGAAGAACUACGUAACAAGGCCAAUGCCGCGCUGUCUGAAAAGUCAACACUCCACAAAGGUCCUGCAACCCCAGCUUCUCUCAUCCCCGCCCUGCGAACAGCAUGCAAAGCCGCCUUAGCUGCCGAGCCCAAAAUCACCCAGUACGAUCUCCAAAUGGGCGACGGCGACUGCGGCGAAGCCGUAGCAGGCGUAUGCAAGAGCAUCCUCGCCAACAUCGAAGCCGUCGAGCAAAACCCACCGCCCAUCCUAGCACUCCUAGAAAGCAUCGGUGAAAACGUCGAGGACGUAGGCGGCUCCCUCGGCGCCAUCCUCUCCAUCCUCGUCACCGCCUUUACCAACGCGCUCGCCACAGCCACACUCUCACAAAACGCUCCUCUCGACAUAUCCACGUUUGCUUCUUCCGCGCUCACCGCGCUUGAGAAUCUGAAGAACUACACUAGUGCGAGAGAGGGCGACAGAACGGUCAUGGAUGUCCUCAUCCCGUUCAUCAAUACGUUGGCUGAGACCAAGGACUUUGCAAAGAGUGUGCAGGUUGCGGAGGACAAGGCCGAUGGGACAAAGGAUAUGAAGGCCAAGUUUGGGCGCGCCACGUAUAUUGCCGAGGAUGGGAGUGAUAGGUCGAAGAUUCCCGAUCCGGGCGCGUAUGCGGCCGGUGUGUGGUUGAGGGGGUUUGAGAAGGGGUUUCAGGCGUGA